AUGUCAGCCAACUUGGACCAGGUGCUGAGGAAUGCUCAAAACAAGAUCCGUGGACCUGGCGGUGCGAUAGCAAUCGUACAGAAGGGAGAGGUCGCUACUCACCAUGUCUGGGGCUAUGCCGAUAUGGAUCGUGCCAUUCCAAUGCGCACAAACACUCAGAUCCCAAUCUGCAGCAUAUCGAAGCAGAUGGUGUGCCUUGUCAUGGUCGACUUGAUUCGAGAUCCAACGCCCGCAGCAAAGGCUGGUGGGGAUGUCACAGCGCAGUUGCAGACAGAGCUGGAGACGCGACUGCCACAGCUUGCUGGCAAGGUCACGAUACAGCAACUUUGCAAUAUGUCCUCAGGCAUUCGAGAUUACUGGGCAGAGACAGUUCUCUGGGGCAGCAAACCAGAUGGCAUAUUCAGUGCUACUGACGAUGCCACUGCUGCACUGAACCGGACUCGAUCAUUCCACUUUGAGCCAGGCACUGAGUACUCCUAUUCCAAUGUCAACUUCCACAUCCUGGCGAGAAUAAUCGAAAACGUGGCCGGUCAAUCGCUGGGUCAGCUUCUGAGUCAACGCGUCUUCAUUCCAGCAGGUAUGGAGACGGCUUCUUUGUGCCCCAACAAUGCUGCACUUCCUCUCCCUAUUGUUGGAUACGAAUGUACAGAACAGACUGGCUAUUUUGCAGCAAUCAACCGAAUGGAAUGGUCUGGAGAUGCAGGGGUUGUGGGUUCGCUCGAAGACAUGAUUGCGUACGAGAAGUGGCUCCACCGCAGCUGGAGUGACCCAAAGAGCAUUUACAGGACGAUCGCAGAACCACAAAGUUUCAAAGAUGGGACUCCCGCCAGGUAUGGAUUCGGACUCGCUCAUGGAGAGACUGUGGGCACGAAAUGGCUUGGACAUGGUGGAGCACUGAGGGGAUUCCGUCUCAUGCGUGUUCACGCACCGUCUGAAGAAGUCUCCGUGGUAGUGAUGCUCAAUCACGAGACGGACCCCAGUGGUGCAGCCGACUUGAUUCUGAAAGGUGCAUUGCAACUGCAAGAGCCAACCACCGCAUCGGUGAGCCCUUCGCCGGAGUGGAUGGGCAGCUUCUUGGACGAGGACACGAAGCUGUUGGUGAGGGUGGAAGCCGGGAGUAAAGAUGGCGAAAUCAGCAUCAGCUACGACCGGGCAAGGGCUCCGGUGAAACUCACUGGAAUCAAGACUGCUACGUCGCGUGCUAUGGAGGCUUCCAUCGAUGGCGAUGUUCUGCACAUUAACCGGAUUACCGACAAUCGAGUGCUUCGCGCCAAGCGUCUUGCGAAGCGUCCUGAUCCGGAGACGGAGGAUUUAUCAUUCACAAAGGACUAUCUGGGUGAGUAUCACUGCUCAGAUUCCGAGAGUAGCUUCCGUUGUACCGGAGAGGGAACUGUGUUGUAUGGCUUUUUCAGUGGAUACCUUGCCGAUGGCCGAAAUGGCCCGGCACAUCUGAUGCGGUAUGUUGCGGAGGACGUUUGGCUGCUGGCCUGCCCACGAGGCCUGGAUGCUCAACCUCCUGGCGACUGGACGGUGUGCUUCCAUCGCGAUAGCAAUGGCGCUGUUUGUGGCGCCACGAUCGGCUGUUGGCUUGCACGCCUGAACGAGUAUGUGAGAAAGUGA